GCUCGGUUUGAGCUCGGUUGACUUCACAGCACUUGCACUGCCACGCCAGGGCAGUUGCAACAGGGAGGUAAGGCAUACACCCUAGUUCCGUCCAUUUUCGCUAUUUUCAAGAUGGGCUGCUGUGGGGAGUCAGUGGUGUCAGCCAAUACUCCUGAUACUCAAUAUGCCAACAGAGCGCAACCAGUGAAUAACGGUAUCAUUAGCCAGCAGCCUGGUCCUCAUCCAGGCGCUCAACAUCACAUACAACCAUUUGCAGAGAAACCACCACUGCUCAUCCCUCCUGGGCCUUCUCCACCUCCACCAAGCUUUCAACAAAACAACCGGUCGAUAAAUGGCACUCCUUGGAGUCACUCGCCCUCACCACCUCCCCAAGGCCCGGCCUAUUCAGCUCCUUUGAGUCCAAAUCUUGGAGGUGCACCAUUGAUGUCACCACCAGCUGCAUAUGCUCCUCCAGGACCGUCAAAUUCUACUGCGUUCUUUACACCUCUCUUCCAUCCUGACCCCAUUCAUGCUCCGCUAAGGAGCAACAGUGUCACACCAUCUACAUCCACUGCAGUAACUUCAGCUAGGAUUAAUCCGGCGCCUUCAGACGAGGGGAAAAUGUCGAUCUCUAUUGAUUUUGGAACUACCUUUUCUGGUGUUGCAUAUGCCUCGUCUCGAAUUGCGUCCGGGAAGAUACAGCAAAUCCUGCAUUGGCCUGGAUCUUUUGAAACUUUCCGCAAGGUACCCACGUGCUUGCUGUACGAUGAACAUGGUCAAGUUCUUGCUUGGGGGCUGGAAGCGAAGAACGCUAGCUCCAUGCCCGGCACUACGCGUUGUGAAUGGUUCAAGCUUUUUCUCGAACCACGCGCUCUUCGUGAUGAAAGCGCGAUUGACCCUCGAUUACCCCAAUUACCUCCCGGUAAAGUAGCCAUGGAUCUCAUCAUCGACUUCUUGUCGUGUCUGUGGGAAUACGCCAAAGAGCAGAUUACCCGUGACAUUGGUGCUGUCGCAGAUCUCAACUCGGCUGAUGUACUCGUGACGUGCCCGGCAGCCUGGGACGCUAAAGGAUGCGACAUGAUGCGCGAAGCUGCUAUUGCCGCAGGCCUCGUGCAGUCGGCUCAUGCAGGUGAUGGUAACUGGCGCGACAGGCUGCGCAUUAUCACCGAGCCAGAGGCCGCGGCUGUCCACUGUGCCAGACUUACGGAUCUGCACAAGCUUAAGCCCAACCAGAAUUUUAUGAUAUGUGAUGCUGGUGGUGGUACAGUUGACCUUGCCGUUUACAAGAUUAUUGGGCAAAUGUCUAACCUCGAGAUCGCCGAGAUGUGUGCUCGAUCUGGGGCCAAUUGUGGUUCCCUUUUCCUCGAUUUGAGAUUCCGAGAGCUUGUAAAAACUCUUUUAGCUGAUCAUCCUGCUCAUUUGGACGCCGCCAGUCUCGCCUAUUUUAUGCACUCUUUCAGUCAAACCGAUAAGCUCGCAUUUAGGGGCGAGAGAGAUGAUGACACAUACUUCAACUUCACAUGUUUUAAUGUGCAGGAUCCCCACGAUUCUUCCGUUGGAUUGAUCAAUGGAGAACUCGCGAUUCCAGGGAAUCUCAUCCGCCGGGAGGUGUUUGAUCCCGUUGUGAAUCAGGUACUUGAAAUGAUCGAAGAACAGUCGAAGAAGGUAGAGCAGCGCAUCGACGCACUGCUUCUCGUGGGAGGCUUCGCUGGCAGCGAAUAUCUUAUUAGACGAGUUGAGGCGCAAUUUUCGGGGAGGAUCAAGGUCAUCGCUCGCCCUUCUGACGCUGACACGGCUACGGUGCGAGGUGCCGCGUUGUACGGGCUUUCUCGCAAAUCAAUUGUAUCCACUGUGAUCGCUCCACGGUCCUACAUCAUGAAAGUGAAACUGCCUGCCGAGCCAGAGGACUGGGCCAGACGCCCUGCAUACAUAAAAGAGAACAAUGCCAACGUUCCCAUUUGUGACAACCGCUUACAAUACUUGGUCAUGAAGGGCGCUAUCCUGCGAAAAGGGCAAAUAUUGAGGACGAAAUUUUGCAAAUUCUCACAGAAUGGACAGGAUUGUAUCUUCGUAGCCGUAUUGUAUACUUCCGACUCAGACAAGAUGAUGAGAUAUACUGAUGAGGGCGAAACGAUGGAGCUCUGUAGAUGGACUGUUGAUCUGAGUUCUCUGCCCACGUUCAUGCAGAAUGCGAGCAUACCGCAGCCAAAUGGGUUCUUCACAGAAUUUGAAUUGGGUUUGGAGAUUGAUAGCGCUGAGGUCCGAGGUGUUUUAUUUUACGAGGGACAGGAAUGGAGCCGAGUUGUCUUCGAUUUUCUCAAUUGAUUGGCAUGGUGACUGCGAGUAACUGUACUACUGAGUUUGCUGCAUCUCGUUGACCCGGAGUAUAUGUUGCGUUAUUAUUAAUGUUCAUGCGCGUGUUCCUGGCAAUGACCUAAAA